UGGGCAGGAAUCCCUUAGAAGAAAUGGAGUAGCCAUCAUGGUCAACAAAAGAUUCCAAAAUGCAGUACUUGGAUGCAGUCUCAAAAACGACAGAAUGAUCUCUCUUCGUUUCCAAGUUGACUCCUUAAUAGUUUCUAAAAGGUGUUACGUCUUUCCAGGUGUCUUUAGUCUUCCUUUUCCCCAUAUCUUAGAGAUAUAAUCAGAUCACAAUCUAUAUGGGUGUAAAAUCUGAAACAUUUAUGUAUCAUUAAUAUACAUUGUACUGUAAUUCUAGGGAUUCCUUUCUCCUAUGGCCACAGCUCUCAGUCCAAGCAAAAAAUUGACACUGGUACAUGAUGGCUUGGAGUGAACUGUAAGAGCCCAUCCAGUGACUGCCAAAGGAAAGCCAUUUAGGUCUUAUGGGGAAGUUAGAGAAGGGUGGGUUCGGGGGCCUGGUUUGGCGGUUACAAUAAAAUUCCAGGCAUCUUUCCACCUUCUGCUUUCAUCUGAUCUCUGAACCCCUAAAAUGAUGGUUCUCAAUCCUAUCACAUACAACACUCUUCCUAUAACAAAUACUGCAACUACUUUUUUUUUCCUAUACUUAUACUGAAGUGGAAUUUAUAGAUAAUAUAAUCUACCAAUACAUAUCUUAACUGUAAAUAUAAAAAAGAAAAUAAAAGGAAAGUAUUUUGUUAAAAAUUAAAAAAGAUAGUAGAAAUUGAUGCAAAAUUAGCCUCACUAAACUUGAAUGAGUAUAUAAAAAUAACUUGACCAAUCACGUGUAACAUACGCCUUUUCAGAAAGUGAUCAAAAGAAAGCCAGUCUCAGGUGCCAAAUUUAAAUUUUUUUAUUCCACGAACAUUAAGCAUUGUGAUAAUUUGUGUUAAAUUCUGCGUAGAAAAGCCACAGAACAUUGUAAAGAAAUGGCAUAAGGAGACGGAGGCGAGAAAGGGUUGAAAAUAGCGAUUCAAACGAAAGCUCACGUCAUCGAGGAGCGAACUUGUGUACCAAUGCCUUCACCGCGAGCAAUAAGGAACAAUUGACUUGUCCAAUCAGAACGGGACUCUCUUUAUAUAUACUGGAAGAAAGGGGCAGGGCUUCGUUUUUCCAUCAGUUUAGCUGCUUUUGGGAAAUCUGUAAUGGCUCGCACUAAGCAGACCGCUCGCAAGUCCACCGGCGGCAAGGCGCCGCGCAAGCAGCUGGCCACUAAGGCGGCCCGCAAGAGCGCGCCGGCCACUGGCGGCGUGAAGAAGCCGCACCGCUACCGCCCCGGCACGGUGGCCCUGCGCGAGAUCCGCCGCUACCAGAAGUCCACGGAGCUGCUGAUCCGCAAGCUGCCGUUCCAGCGGCUGGUGCGCGAAAUCGCGCAGGACUUCAAGACCGACCUGCGCUUUCAGAGCUCGGCCGUGAUGGCGCUGCAGGAGGCGUGCGAGGCCUACCUGGUGGGGCUCUUCGAGGACACCAACCUGUGUGCCAUCCACGCCAAGCGCGUCACCAUCAUGCCCAAGGACAUCCAGCUCGCCCGCCGCAUCCGCGGGGAGAGGGCCUAGAUGUCCCCCCCCAGCCCCCAUCAGUACCAAUUUUCCACCCAAAGGCUCUUCUCAGAGCCACCACUUUUUCUGUUAAAGAGUUGUGUACUGGUAUCUCCAUUUCGAGCGAAGAGAAACUUACCGG